AAUAAGUACUGUCUAAUUUUGCUGUCUUGUUAGCAUUUUAAUUAUCUAGCAUAUUUUUUUAAUCAUUGAGAUAUUGAAAUGAUGGAUUGUGAAAAAAAAAAGAUUUAGUUAUUGAAAUAAAUAACUGAAAACAAUUGGAUACUAAUUUCAAUUUUUUAAUGGGUUACAGAUUUUUAUGUGUUUAGAAAUAAAUUUUCAGUGAAAUUAGGAUCCUGAUUAAUUAGUUGCAAAGGCUGUGAGAUGAUGUUAUGAUUAUGAAUGAAGGUGAGCGUCGAAAUCCAACGAGCCUUGCAGAGUCUGCGCAGUACGGCCAUCGUCGACGGCGGCGCGUACGGUCAUCUCGUUCAUCACUUCACCCUACACCGGCUUCCUCUCCACGCGCUUCAGCUUCACGCGCGCAUCGUCCUCUUCUCCGUCACUCCCGAUAAUUUCCUCGCUUCCAGGCUCAUCAAUUUCUACACGAGACAGAACCGUUUCCGACAAGCCCACCAUGUGUUCGACGAAAUCCCCGUUCGAAACGCCUUCUCCUACAACGCGCUUCUUAUCGCGUACACUUCACGUGAGAUGCAUUCCGAUGCGGUAUCAUUGUUCUCGUCUUGGAUUGCGUCUUACUGUUACUCCUCCGGUGCGGCGAGGCCGGAUGGUGUUAGUAUCUCUAAUGUGUUGAAGGCCAUGUCCGGAUACGAUGGUUGCUGGUUCGAUUCCUUAGCCCGGGAGGUUCACUGCUACGUGUUGCGAGGUGGGUUUGAUUCCGAUGUGUUCGUGGGUAAUGGCUUGGUCACGUACUACGCAAAAUGUGGCCAAGUUGCAUCUGCGAGGAGAGUGUUUGAUGGAAUGCCUGAGAGAGACGUUGUCUCGUGGAAUUCAAUGAUUUCUGGGUAUUCUCAAAGUGGAUUUCACGAGGAAUGCAAGGAAUUGUAUAAAACGAUGUUGACUUGUCCUGGUUUGAGGCCUAAUGGAGUGACUGCAAUUAGUGUAAUUCAGUCGUGUGGCCAUUCAAACGAUCUUGUUUUUGGUAUGGAGGUACAUAAGCAGAUUCUUGAGAAUUUUAUUCAGAUGGAUUUAUCCCUAUGUAAUGCUGUAGUCGGGUUUUAUGCUAAAUGUGGUAGCUUGGACUAUGCAAGAGCAUUAUUUGAUGCGGUGGGUGAUAAAGAUUCUGUUACAUACGGGGCUAUGAUUUCAGGAUACAUGGCUCAUGGAUUUAUCAGAGAAGCAAUGACUUUGUUUAGGGAAACAGAAAGCAUCGGUUUGAGUACGUGGAACUCUGUAAUUUCGGGUCUUAUGCAGAAUAAUCAGCCUGAGGAGGUUGUAAGCUUAUUCAGGGAAAUGAUAAAAUGCGGUUUUAGGCCUAACGCAGUGACCCUUUCGAGCAUUCUUCCUUCGUUCAGUUACAAUUCUAACCUAACUGGAGGGAAGGAAAUCCAUGCUUUUGCCAUCCGGAAUGGCUGUGGUGGUAAUAUAUAUGUCGCAACGGCUGUCAUAGAUAACUAUGCCAAAUUAGGAUUUCUUCAAGGAUCUCAAAGGGUGUUUAAUAACUGUAAAGACAGGAGCUUGAUUGUCUGGACAGCAAUUAUAUCGGCAUAUGCUGUUCAUGGGGACUCUGAAGCUGCUUGUAAUCUUUUUUAUCAAAUGCAGAGUCAUGGAAUUAAGCCAGACAAUGUCACACUAACGACUGUUCUUUCGGCUUGUGCACAUUCUGGAGAAGUGGAUAAGGCACGGAACAUUUUUGAUUCUAUGUCAGUAAGCUAUGGUAUUGAGCCAGGAAUAGAGCAUUAUGCUUGUAUGGUAAGCGCUCUUAGCCGGGCCGGAAAGCUCUCAGAAGCAGUAGAGUUUAUCCUGAAGAUGCCGAUAGAACCGAGCGCUAAAGUUUGGGGAGCAUUGCUAAAUGGGGCUUCUGUUCUCGGUGACGUGGAGAUUGCAAGAUUUGCAUGUGACCGUUUGUUUGAGAUUGAACCCGAAAACACAGGAAACUACGUUAUCAUGGCGAAUCUAUAUACUCAAACCGGGAAAUGGGAGGAAGCUGAGAUGGUCAGGGAUAAGAUGAAGGGAACUGGUUUGAAGAAGAUAGCAGGCAGUAGCUGGAUUGAGACAGGAAAAGGAUUGAGGAGUUUCAUUGCAAAAGACAUUUCAUGUGAAAGAAGCAAAGAGAUGUGUACAGUUCUAGAGGGUUUGGUUGAGGCAAUGAGAGACAGAGGUUAUGUCAUGAGACAAGAAGAGACUUAUGAUGCUUAAACUAGUUAGUUGGAACUGAGAUUAUUCUGUUUAUGUAAAUAAGAUCCAGGUAAAAUUAUGGGAGAUUUUCAGUUAUGGAUCCAUAUUUGAGUUUUGAGGCAUACUUACAAUUUUCGAUACAAAUAUGAAUA